AUGCGUUGUGUUUCCGAUCUCACCGCGGACAAGCUCUCCCCUCGCGCCAUUCCCUGUGUCUUCCUUGGCUUUCCUCCUGACGCGCCUGGCUGGCAGUUUUACGACCCCGCCUCGCGCCGUGUCUUUGCGUCUCAGGACGUCACCUUUGACGAGUCAGUCCCCUUUUACCGUCUCUUUCCCUACCAUACUGCCCCUCUUCCCCCCCCGCUGCUCUUUCUCGCUCCAGGUCCUCCCCAGGUAGACCCCCUCCCCGCUCCAGGUCCUGCUCCUUCAGGUGUUUCUCAGGUAGACCCUCCGGUGCUUGCGCCUGUUGAGGUCACUGGUGACUCAGGUCCUCUUGGGGUUGGUCCUGCUCGGAGUGCUAUCUCUAGGGGUGCUGAGCCUGGGGGUGCGGAGUCUGGGGGUGCUGAGCCUGAGCGUGAGGAGCCUGAGGGUGCUGAGCCUGGAGGUGCUGAGCCUGAGCGUGAGGAGACUGGAGGUACUGCGCCUGGGGGUGCUGCGUCUGGGGGUGCUGAGCCUGAGCGCGCUGAGUCUGGGGGUACUGCGCCUGAGGGUACUGAGUCUCCUUGGAGUGGCCGCCUUCGUCCGCGUGCGCCUCUCUCCCCACAGCAGCUGCACGAGUGGUACGCUCGCCGUCGGGGUCACGCUGCUGGAGCUCGGGGCGCUGCCGAUGGAGGUGCUUCUGCUGUCGUCGCUGGAGCUGGGAGUGGUGCUGGUACUUUGUCUACUGGAGGUGCUGGAGUCGCUAGUUCCGGAGGUGCUCGUACUGGAGGUACUGGAGCUGCUGGGGCUGGAGGUGCUGCGUCUGGGGGUGCUGCUGCUGGAAAGACUGAGGCUGGAGACCCUGGGACUGGAGGUGCCGAAACUGAGGGUGCUGCUGCUGGAGACACUGAGGCUGGAGACCCUGGGACUGGAGGUGCCGGUUUUGGUGUAAGGGCCUAA